AUGGACCCCUUGAGCGCGAUGGAGGAGCAGCAAGCAUACUUCAAGUGCGCAUAUGAUUGCUCUGACCGGCGUCGUACUCAGGAAGGGAUCAAUAGCUGUGUGGAGAAUUGUAGUGUGCCUGUCCUUACCGCCAACAAUGUUGUUGAGAAUGAGAUGGCCAAGUUUCAGGAACGGUUGAACCGGUCAUUGAUGAUCUGUCAAGACAAGUUUGAAGCAACCAAGCUCCAGAAGAUGAAAACAGAUGCAACUCAGGAACUGGAAUCCUGUGUCAACAGAUCUAUUGAUGACAACAUCAGGGUCCUCCCCUAUGUGGUGGAGCAGAUCAAGUCCACCCUCGUCCACCGCUACACUCGCCUCAUCACUGCUUCCUCCACCUCCUCCCUAGUCUCCCUGCGCGCCCUCCUCCCCAUCCAUGCCCGCACCAUCGUCCUCGGUGUAUCCGCCAACCUGGCCUUAGCCACCAGCCUCCUCGCCGGCGUGGCGCCUGCCUCCCUCGCCUACGCAUGCAGGGUGUUCGACGCCGCGCCUGUACGCGAUGCCUACAUGUGGAACACCCUCCUUCGCGCGCACGGCCACUCCCAGUCGUCGCACACCGCUGACACCCUCGCCCUCUACAAGUGGAUGCAUGCUGCGGGCGUCGUGCUAGACCAUUACACCUACCCAAUUGUGCUCCCGGCUUGUGCGGCCGCGCGUGAGCCGUGGCUCAGACAGACUGCGCAUGGUGAUGCGGUGCGGUUCGCGCUCGCUGGGGACGGUUCUUCAUAUACCAAUUUAACUUAUGCUCUAUUGUUAGUAGAGGCAUAUGAAGAGAGCCCUAGCGUUAAGUCAAGUGAGAUAGCAAUCCAACACCACCAAUGCAGCGGCCAAGUCAUGCUCAGCGUGUAA